UUGAAUUUGUACGUGAUUAGUUUAAAGACGAUUCGUACAUAUCAGCCACAAGCUUCCAAUGGUGGGGCCACUUCAGCAUCAAGAGCAGCAAAAGCCGAUGGUAUGCUUUUCAGUAACAAGUUACAUGCUUUUGUGGAAUAUGAAACCAUUGAGUCUGCUGAAAAAGCAGCUUCAGAGCUCAACAAAGAGGGUAACUGGAGACACAGUUUUAGAGUUCGUUUACUGAGACUCCCUUCUCAGGCAAAACCAGCUCAAACGCGUGGAAAGAAAGCAGGGCAGGAAGAUGAUGCGGUCCCUAAGGAAGAUGACACAUCUACAUCAGAGCAACAUUUACUGAAUGAGAAACAUGUAGAUGACACUUUUCAACAAUCUGAUGUCCAGCCACAUGAACAUGUAGUAUUACCCUUUUGACCCAAAACCAAACCUAUAUCAAAUGGGUCAAAAGUAGCCUUAAAUGGU